UCAAUUAAGUCUGCUUUUAUAUUUAAGCGAAAUAUUUAUAAAAUACUAUAUUUAUAAAUACUUAAACAUAAUGGAAACGUUACAAGAUCCUGUUAGACAAGAGAUGAUGGUAUUAUGCUGCAUUUGUGGUACUGGUAUUCAACCAAAUGCAGCAAACAUGUGUGUGGCAUGUUUGCGGACUCAAGUUGACAUUACUGAAGCCAUUCCAAAGCAGGCGACAAUUCAUUUUUGCAGAGGCUGUGAAAGAUAUUUGCAACCCCCUGCAGAAUGGAUUCAUGCAGCGCUGGAAUCUAGGGAAUUGUUAACAUUAUGCUUGAAAAAGUUAAGAGGUUUAAAUCGUGUAAAAUUAAUUGAUGCUGGAUUUAUAUGGACAGAACCUCAUUCAAUGAGACUAAAGGUGAAAUUAACAGUACAAGCAGAAGUAAUGGGUGGUGCAGUUUUACAACAAGUGUUUAUAGUUGAAUAUGUAGUAAAUCAUCAUAUGUGUGAUGAUUGCCAUCGAACAGAGGCAAAAGAUUACUGGCGUGCUUUGGUACAAGUUAGGCAACGGGCUACAAAUAAAAAAACAUUUUAUUACUUGGAACAACUGAUUCUGAAAUAUAAAGCACACGAGCAAACAUUGGGCAUAAAGCCUAUUCACGAGGGCCUCGACUUUUUCUUUGCAAACGAAGCAUCAGCUCGGAAGAUGAUUGAUUUUCUCUCGAGUGUGGUACCCUGUCGUUAUGAUCAUUCCAAAAAAUUGAUAUCCCAUGAUAUCCAUAGCAACAUUUACAAUUAUAAAUUCACAUACAGUGUAGAGAUAGUUCCAAUAUCAAGGGACAGUAUUGUAUGUCUUCCAAGGAAAUUAAGUCAUCAAUUGGGAGGAAUAAACUCUAUUUGCUUAGUAUACAAGAUUACAAAUGCUAUUCACUUAAUAGAUGUAUCAACUGGUCAAAUUGCUGAAGUGAACUCGACAAUCUACUGGCGGCAUGCUUUUAAUAGCAUUUGUGAUCCAAAACAAUUAAUAGAGUAUACAGUGAUGGAUAUUGAACCAAUAAUGUUCAAGGACAGAAAAUUCUUCCCAGGACAAGGAGCAAUUUCUAGUAAACACGUAAUAGCGGAUGUAUGGUUAGUUAAAAGUUCCGAUUUAGGAAUGAAUGAAAACUUAAUUCAUACACGUACUCACCUUGGGCAUAUACUUAAGCCAGGCGAUACUGUUUUAGGGUAUGCUAUUAACGAUAGUAAUAUCAAUGAUGAUAAUUUCGAAAUGUUGAAUAAAGAUAUGGUACCAGAUGUAAUUUUGACAAAGAAAAAUUAUGCAAACGAUAGAGUAGCACGACGUAAGAUGAGAAUUUGGAAAUUAAAACAUAUGGUUCAGGACGGAGAUGAUAUGAAUUUAGAUAGCAAAGAUUAUAAUGAGUUUUUAGAAGAUAUCGAGGAGGAUCCAGAAAUGAGGCAGAAUAUAAAUAUUUUCAGAGAUCACAUGAAGACAAUCCCAGUAGAUACUAACGAACUAACCGAUCCUAGUUGUCCACAAAUUACUCUUGAGGAAAUGCUUGAUGAUCUCGCAAUUGACGAUGUACAAAUACCUGAAGUAGACGAAGAUGUUUGACUAAAAAUGCAAUAA